AUGAGUGAGAGCAAAGCUAAUGUGACCGAUGAGCACAUGUUGUUCAUGUCGUAUCUGGAGAAUAACUACAAGUUGCCAUCGGGACUCAAGAAUGACACUAUCUAUUGCCAGCGUGCAAUACGCGACUUUCUCAUGGUGCACACGUUGGUCUCUGAUGUGUUCAAGGCGCAGGGGGAUGCGGAUUACAUCGAAAUGCAACGCAUAUUGGAUGAAUUGGAGCAGGAGAUCUAUGAGGUCAACGCGGAGCAGACCUAUUUGAUGCUGCAAAUCGAAGAGGACUUGGACAAUUUCUACAAGUGGCUGCAGAAACUGGAUGUCGCGAUCGUUCCCGAUCUGGCCAACACAUUCAUCGCCAGCCAGAUAGUGCCUUUGAUUGCCGAUGCCAGCUACAUAAUCGCACCGCACUCGGUGAAGAUGCGCGACGAUCCGGAGACCCUCAUUCGCAGAUACUUUCUCAUUUUGGCAGACGAUGCUGCUGAGACUGCUGGCGAUGAACGAGACGACGUCGAGAUCAAUCCAGAUCAACCAUUGUCGCUGGAGAAAUCAUUUACAGAGGACCAGUUGUCACUUACUACUGACUCAGAGAUUAUUGAAAUGCCAGCCGAUGCUCAAGAGCUGCUGGAGAUGUUUCUUGCCCAGGACGAGCUGCAGUUGUCCACUGUGAGCUCUGAGAGCGUGCCACAGCCAAAGAAGGAGGAGGACAAAGAGGAGCAGGCUAUACAGCUGCCAACAGGAAAUGCAAAAGUUCCAAGUGUUGAAGAAGCUGCCACGACAGCUUCAAUUACUGCAGCAGCUUUAGAAGUUGCACCAACUGCAGAUGGAGCAGUUUCAAAUUUUGAGAUAGAUACAGCACUUCCAAUUGUUGCACCAACUCCCAUUGCUGCCUCACCGCCAAUUCAUGCAGCAACUCUAGAUGUUGCACCAACUGCAGAUGAAGCAGUUUCAAAUCUUGAGGAAGAUGCAGCACUUCCAAUUGUUGCACCGACUCCCAUUGCUGCCUCAUCUCCAAUUCAUGCAGCAACUCUAGAUGUUGCACCAACUGCAGAUGAAGCAGUUUCAAAUCUUGAGGAAGAUGCAGCACUUCCAAUUGUUGCACCAACUCCCAUUGCUGCCUCAUCUCCAAUUCAUGCAGCAGCUCCAAAUAUUAAAGUAGCUGCCAUAGCUCCAAUUCUUGCCCCAGUUCCAAGUGUUGCAGCAGCUUCGGUUCUUGAAUCAUCUACAGAUGCAGAUGUUGAAGAAGCGGCUGCAGCUCCAAUUGUUGCUCCAAUUCUUGCAGCUGCUCUAGGCGUUGCAUCAAAUGCACGUGCCGCAGUUCCAAGUAUUGAGAAAGAUGCCAAACUUCCAAUUGCCGCAGCAGUUCCACGUGUUGCACCAAAGGAGACGACGCGCAAGAAACGCAAUAGGAAGACAGCAGGCAAGAAAGCUGCGAAGGCGCCACCGACUGUGGCACGAAAGAAGCGUGCCACAAAGUCCAAGGCAACUGCCGGUGGAACAACGUCGAACAAGGACUCUUCAAUUAACGGACAGGAGAGUUUCCUUAAACUAUUCGAACUUUGCACUCACGAUGUGGUCAGGAAGUUUUACCAACGUCAUUCGAAGCGCACUCGACGCCUUAUUAUUAAGUAA